GUUGGAAGAUUGAAAGCUCGCCUGGUAUUUUCUGGACCUUUCUUUUCAGCUGAUUAUGACGUCAUGUUAGAGAAGAAAAAACAGAAACAAGAAAAACAUUCAGACUGAGACCCAGAGAAGCAGAUCGAGAGCAUCGCCUGAUACCAAGAGAGCGAGGUCCUGGUAUAUUAGGAUUAACCCUUUGCGGGGUAUGGGUUGAUUCGGGGUUGGACGCCUCGCCUGCAGAGCUUGCAUCUCUCUGGAGCCGAUCUAACCUCAGCGGUCUCUUCCUAGGCGCCUUUCUUCUAACAUUUAACCUUUUCUCUGCCUGCAUCAUCAAGAAACUCCAACAGGGAGGUUCUCAGAGAAGGGAAUCAUGGGGGAUUAUUAUGAGAUCCUCGGGGUUCCCCGAAACGCCUCUCAGGAUGACAUCAAAAGAGCGUAUCGCAAGCAGGCUCUGAAGUGGCAUCCAGAUAAAAACCCCGACAACAAGGAACACGCAGAGAAGAAGUUUAAAGACAUCGCUGAGGCUUAUGAGGUUUUAUCAGACAAACAAAAGCGAGAUGCUUAUGACCGUUAUGGUAAAGACGGCUUCUCCAGAGCAGAAGCUUCCAGAUCAUCCGAUCCCAGAUUCCACGGAUUUGGAUUCACAUUCCGCAGCCCCGACGAAGUAUUUCGGGAAUUCUUUGGAGGACGAGACCCCUUCUCGGAUUUUUUUGAUGACUUCGGGAUGUUCUCCGGCGUCCGCGGUGAAGGAACUCGCCAUUCUCGCUCCUCCCCGCUGUUCUCCUUCUCCUUCCCGUCUGACGCAGCUUUCACCUCGUUCUCUACCUUUGGAAGCGAAGGCUUCGGAGGUUCGGGGCAAUUCUGCUCCGUUUCCACCUCGACCAAGAUUGUUAACGGCAAAAGGGUAACGACCAAAAGGGUCGUGGAGAACGGCGUAGAACGCGUGGAGGUGGAAGAAGACGGGCAGCUGAAGUCCAUCCGGGUGAACGGUGUGGAGGACGAGUUGGCGCUGGCUCUGGAGAUGAGCAAAAGGGAGCAGCUGCAGCCCCCGACGGGCAGAACCGGAGUCGGAGAAUCCCCUCGUAACGUGCAACGUUCGCAGAGCGCCGCCCCGGCCUACGUGGUGAUAGACAGCGAUGACGAGGAUGAGGAUCUGCAACUUGCUAUGGCCUACAGCCUUUCAGAGAUGGAGGCGGCAGGGCAGCACCAAGCAGGUGUGUUCUGAGACUGGAGUCACAAACCCCCCCCCCUUUCAUCGCUGAGCUGGGGGGGGACUGUGUGUGGGGGGCACAAGCUGACCUUUCCUGCCCCUUGCACCUUAUUACUGCGCAGGGCCGGCAUCUUAAACCCCGAAAAAAAAAAAAAAGUUUGCUGGGGGUCUCCCAACCCUCGUCCUUCUCCACACUGGAAUUUUCUUAGGACUCCGACAUAUAACUUAUUUCAUGGAGGGGACUUUAUAAUAACCAACUGGACCUCAAACGGGCUGGACCCAACGCACGCAUGUGCCCCCCACGGACGAGGGAUCGCGGUGUUCAUGGAAUGUAAAUUCGUGUGCGGUUUAUCACCCUCGACGUAUAUUUACUAAAGAGACGGAGCCCUGAUUGAGCAAAGAGGGUCUGAGAAUAAAUCACCUGGAUGGAUGCCCGCUGAGUGGGUAACAGUGACGCGCGUGACAAAACGUUCUAUUACAUUAAAGCACUUUAUAAGGAACAUA